UAAAAAAAAGUACUGCUAUAAUAAAUUUUUACUACUUAACAAGUUGUAAAUAUCGUUUCUAAAAAUUUGUUUCGCAUUUAAAAGAAAAAAUAACUUUAAUACUUUAAUUUUAUUAGGUUUACUUGAGAAUUAUUGAGUGUAAAUUCCUCCAGACUUAAUGGAGCCAAAACCCACAUUUGUGACUAGAACGGAAUGCACACGAUAGAAUCGUACGCGAAGUUGUGUAGGCCCAAAACAAGAUUUCUUUUCUUAAUUGUCGGUUUAAAGUGAUUCCAUUUCUUUGUUAAGUAUUAGUGUAAUAAUUUCCCCCAAUACUCUAAUUUGCAUAUGUUGAUUUCACGCAUAAUUCAAUAGGAUUUAAUUAAUUAAUCAGGAAAUAAGGGAAGUGUGCGAUUUGGUCAAUCUGCCAUGAUAGAUCAGAACGCGUCUUCUUUACAGUGAGAAAAAAAGUCGGUAAAUUAUUUAGCAAAAUGCAAAAUUUGUGCUUUUCGGAGCAGAUAAUUACGUGAAGGCACAAAUUGCAGAAUGGUGGUAGAUUGUUUGUCAGUUCAGGGCUCGAUAGCUGUAGCGAGGAAGCAGGAGAGAAGAUUAGGCACUUCUGUCAAUUCCAAAAUGCAGCCAAAUGUAGGUACAAAUGGUGGUGGGAUGACACCCAAAGAACUUUCUGAUAAUGACGACCUAGCCACUUCCCUCGUAUUGGAUCCUUAUUUAGGAUUCACCACUCACAAAAUGAAUGUCAGGUAUAGACCUUUAAAAGCGAACAAGGAAGAGCUACGGAAAAUUAUCAAGGAGUUCAUUCAAACCCAAAAUUAUGAGAAGACCUACAAAAAGUUAAUUGGUGGUGAUUGGGGAGCUCGUCUACCACAUACAAAAUCUAAACAACAACAGGGAAAUCUAAAGGAACAUAUAUACCGAUAUUUAAGGGUUUUCGAUAAAGAUUCUGGAUUUGCCAUUGAGGCUUGCUACAGAUAUUCCUUGGAGGGUCAAAAAGGAGCAAAAAUAAGUGCAACUCGUAAAUGGUUGAAACACGAUGAAAUUCCUUGUCUCGUCGGAUGCAUCGCAGAAUUAUCCGAAAAGGAGGAAGCUGCUUUAUUACAUCCGGGGAAAAAUGACUUUUCAGUCAUGUUCAGUUGCAGGAAAAAUUGCGCUCAACUUUGGCUCGGUCCAGCAGCUUACAUUAAUCACGAUUGCAGAGCAAAUUGCAAAUUUGUUGCAACUGGUCGGGAUACAGCUUGCGUUAAAGCCUUACGAGAUAUCGAAGCGGGCGAAGAAAUCACUUGUUUUUAUGGCGAAGAUUUUUUUGGCGACGGAAACUGUUAUUGUGAAUGCGAAACAUGUGAAAGGCGUGGAACAGGCGCAUUCGCCAGUCAGAAACUUGGAGAUGAUCAAUCGUCUGGUUAUCGACUGCGUGAAACUGAUAAUCGUAUUAACCGGACAAAACAUCGACAACAGCCUUUGAACAGAAACAAACAACAGCAAAUAGAAAGCACUCUCACUGAGAAAAAUGAAUUACUAGUUGGUAAUGCUGCGGUAACGCCUCAAUCUUUAUGCAUGAAAGAAAGAAGAAAAGGUUUAACAAAAUACGAUGCCGAACUUAUAGCACAAGGCUGUCGAUUUUCGGACAUUGCUCAACAACAGCCACUUUUGUUGAAUAAUGAGGAGAAUUCACAGGAAAAUCAAGGACAACAAAAUAAUAACGCUGUCGCUGGUUCGGCAACGAGAAAUCUCCGUAAUAAGCAAGUUAAUAAGACUGAACGAAAUAAUAAUAGAAAUAAUAUGAAGCGUUUUAGUGCUUCACGACUUCAAAAGAAAAGAGGCCGAACAAAUCAAAAUAAAAGCUCAUCUUCAUUACUUGAUGAUUUGACAGAGGAUCACAGUGAAAUUGAGGCGUCACACAGAAAAGAAGAUUCCGAUCGAGUAUCAAAAGAACGUGACUGUACAUUUCAUUCUCACAAUCAUCACAUUGAAAAUUCAAUUCGUAACGAUGAAACACAAAUUCCAAAUUUAAGAUCAGCUGCCACUGGAAAUUACAUUCCAAAACAACGUGGAUGCAAUAAUUACAACGACAGAUUGUCAGCUCACUGCCCCCCCUCAAAUUCAGAAACAAAAAACAAAAGCACCGAACAUUCCUCAUACGAAAAAGAACAUCAUCAUUCAUUUGAAGAGAAUAAAAAUUUUGCUCAUUCAAAACUUUACAAUUCACAAAAUAUUGAUAAAAAUGAUUCUGUUUUACAAACAAAAAAUGGCUAUCUCUGUGUCAGUACAUGUAAAAUUGAACGCUGUGAUCAUCAAGUGCUAAACGUAAAUAGACUCAAGGAUUCCUCAUCACCAUCGCGACCCAAUGAAACAUUAAAUCAAUUUUUCUACGAUAAAACAAUCACCAAACACAAUUCAAUUCCACUUGAUCCAAAUUGUCGAAAAUCGCCCGUACAUGGAAAAGCACCAAAAACUUCCACUUAUAUUAACGAAACAAAUGAUGAUUUUCAUAUGAAAAAUUCUCUAGGCCUAACAAUGGAGACAUUCAGCAAUGAACUUGUUAAGUAUGAGCAAGAGAAAAAUUCCCCAAAUUCAAUGGAACCAUCGAUUGCCGAGGGUUUUCACGAAAUAAAUCCCAUUGAAACAAACAAUGAAUUAUCAAAGGCAAAACUUCAUCGAUUAUCCGAAUCAGAAUCAGAAAUUGGAAUUGAUAAUUGUGAUGAAACAAAUAUUUCCGAUUCAAUAAAUACUAAAACAUCGGAAGAUAAUCGAAAUUUAACAUUAAAGAGAUCACUGUCAAGACGUAGUGAAUAUUUUGAUGUUUCACUGCGUCCACGUAAAGAGCAAAAAACAAAAUCAAGUCGAAAAUCAACGAAAUCAAGAAAUAAAAAGGCACGAAGUCGCUUAACAACAGGAACAACGUCUAGUAAAAAGAAACUUGCGCAUGUUGCCAAUCCAAGUGGUCGAUUAACGAGGAGUCAAAAAAAGGAUGUCGAUAAAAUUAUCAAUACAGCAGUUGUUGGCGCGGCCGAUGAUGAUUCGGGAAUUCAAGGCGAUAUUUAUGAAUUCAGCGAGAAGGACAGUAAUCUUGAGAGUGUUAGUUUGUCAUCGGUGAUGAGACAUAAAUUUGAAAGACGUUCUCCAAUUCAGGAGACGAAUUUACAGGAAGAUGUGGGAAUACCAGAGGAGACGAAAGUGAAUAUUAAGGAGGAAAUUAAAACCGAGAAUUUAAUUUCUGAUGAUCAAUGGACUAAGAGCUCAACACAAGAUCAAAGUUAUAACUUUAAUAGCAGUAAUCAGUCGAGAAAAAGUUCCAUUAAAGUCGAAGAGAAGCCAAAUGGGAUGAUCAUUCAUAAUGAAAAGAGUUUUCUCAAGGUUCCAGCAUUGCCAAAUUAUCAGUGGCAAAAUGGAAAUACGAAUUGUCGAGUGUAUCCGACAACACCGGAGAAAACAAGUGGAAGAUUAAAAUUAACAUUACGCGUGAAACGAUCGCCAGUUGUCGAUGACAAUAUGGAAUCAGGAACAAGUCUCAGCGAAGAUAGUUAUGAGCCCGAGUACGAAGUCGUUGAACUUGAAGGUGUUGAAAAUACCAGGCGACGAAAAAAGCAUAAAACUCGAAAUCGUGAAAGGCGACACAAAAGACGUGGACUUGAUUUUAAUCCUCCUCCACCGCCUGUUAAAAGGCUACGCUUGCUUUUGGGAAAUGAGUCAAUUUCAACAAUUGAUUUGUCUCAUUCUUAACAAUUAAGUUAUCCCAAAAUUGUAAUUAACAAGGCAUCUUUCUUCUAGGUAAAACGUAGCAGAGCUACGAAAUUUAAAGAAAAAAGAAUUCCACAAAAUUGGAACAAGUUAUAUAUAAUUUAGCUUAGAAUUUAUUUAAGUUGUAUUAUCAAAAUGAUUUUAGUUGUUGAAAGUCUUUCCAAGAACGUAAAAUCAUUAACGAUUGUUUCACAUUACGAUUGGAAUGAAUAAGUAUUCUUUUUACUAGCGAAUUUCACAUUUUAUAAGUUUACACAUUGUAUUAUUAAAAAAAAGUGUUUCACUAAACACUGUUCUUUCACUAUUUUUAGAAUGUACCUAAAUGUGUUCGAUGCAUUAUUAUAUUCAUUCCAAUCGUUUAUCUCUAAUAUCUACAAUUUGUAAGAGUGAGAUCUGUACAUUUUUGUUUUUUUUAAUGUAAAUUUAUUCUUUUUAAUUAUUUUAGACGUUAGAUUUCUCUUUUCUCUAUUUCACAAUCGGUUUUAAUAUUUCCGGCGUAAAAAUAAUUUCUCUUUUUUCUUAUUCUUUAGAAAAAAACGAAUAAUUUAUAAAUUGGUUUUUAGCGUGAUAUUUUCUUAUUACUUGCACAUUCUUUGAGCAGGAAUAAUAAAAAUCCAAUGAAGGAUUUUCCACUGUUUAGUGAUAAAACUGGAUAAUUAAUUCAAAUCGUGUCUGAAGUUAUCAUUUAUAUUUGUGAUACAUACAAGUGGUUUGCUUUGGAAUGAAGUAAUAAUUUUUAUUUAUGAAAUAGAAAGAAAAAAUGUGAAAUAAAAGAAAACGGUGAUU